AUGGCCGGACCCAACUAUAGCUCGGGGCCGGAAAGGCAUCCGAAGUCACCCAUGGCAACCACUCAGCACCUUCAUGCUAUGGAUUACCUCGAAAUCGUCCCCGAGCGUGUUCAGGCCGUACGAACCUUGGUGCAGCUGGGGGGUGGCAUUGACGAGCUUACCAUGCCGUAUCAGCGCAUUGUCUUGACUUAUUUUCGAUGCUAUUUGUCUCUACCCGACUCGGUCUGCGGCCUGGCUGGAAAUGGCCUGCAGCUAUCGCUGAGUCCUUACAACGUACCGCCAGUCGGCGAUGCCAGAUCGCCUCAACCCCGGAUACAACUACUUCAGAAAUCACCGUUGAAUGACCUGCGAUGGCAUAUUGCUUCGUCUCGCGGCAAUGGCUUCUGGUCGGGUUGUGGGGUUCCUGCUUGA